CAGGUCGUCUAGGUUUUACGUGCUGCCGAUUGUACGGCGGUUUUUCGGAAUUCAAAAAGAAAAAGAAAAAAAGGGCAAGAAAAAGGAAAUACUCUUUCUCUCUCCUCUCUCUCUCUCUGUGUUGAGUGUCGCGCAAGGAGGAAGAAAGAGGUCGCAAAGGCUUUUCGCUUUCGCAGUCCCAUCGCGUGAAACUUCUCGCCAGCUCGAAGGAUGCCGAUUCGCAACCCGCGCGAAUGAAUUGCACUGCGCCCGCGCUCUCCUUCUCCUUCUUGUUCCGGAAAUUGUCGACGCGGCCCCGCUGAGAACGGGGGUGGCGAGGAUCCAGUCGACGAGGAUGGCCACGGACAGGCACGCCUCGGUGGCGGCGACGUCCCCUGAAGACAACGCGCUGUUCCUGGAUAUACUGCACGAGGCGCCUUUGUUCGGUCACCGGAAGCGCACCCCGAUUUACGGCAGCAUUGCGUACUGUUUCUUGUUGGUCGGGUAUGCUGUUUUGGCUGUUGCAGCUCCGUGGAUCUUCAAAUCUAUAGAAGCGCUGAUCCCGGCUUUGCUUUGCAGUUGCAAUGUCGCCUUAAUGAUAGUCACAGGAAUCUUUCAACAGUAUCUGGUCUACCAAGUGCAGAAAAUACGUCUGCAGGGUUACUAUAGUUUCAGCCAGAAGUUGAAGCAUAUUGUCCGCCUACCUUUUGCAUUCACAGCAUAUGGAACCGCUGCUAUGCUACUUGUCAUUGUCUGGAAUCGCUAUGUCAGUUUUCUCUCCAUACCUGUGAUGCUGAGGAUUAUCAUGGUCAUAGAAGCAAUAUGUGCUGGGUCUUUUAUGAGUGUAUAUAUUGGAUAUGUCCACCGUUACAAUUCGUUAAAUUCUCAUCCUGAUGUUUUAAAGUCACUAUACUCUCCACUUCAACAGUCAAGUCCUUUGGAAGCUGUAAGAUACCAUGAUGGUGGACGGCUUUCUGAUCAGCAAAUGGCUUUAUUGCAGUAUCAACGUGAGAACCUCCAUUUUUUAAGUGAGGAGGUUCUUCGACUGCAAGAAUCCUUGAGCAAAUAUGAGCGAUCCAAUGACGGGAGCACUCCACAGGUUGAUCUGGCCCACCUAUUGGCAGCUCGUGAUCAAGAGUUAAGGACGCUCUCAGCUGAGAUGGAUCAACUGCAGUCAGAGCUUAGGCUUGCUCGGUCUUUGAUAGCUGAGAGGGACUCUGAGAUCCAGCGUGUUCGCACAACUAACAAUCAGUAUGUUGAAGAACAUGAGAGGCUAAGAGCUAUCAUAGGCGAGUGGAGUACUCGGGCAGCAAAGCUUGAACGAGCCUUGGAAGAACAGCAAAAGAAGAUAGCAUCAAGCAACCAGCCACAAAGUUCAGCAGCUUCAACAGAGAAACAAGGACCUUGAUAAGCUUUGCUGUCAUAUUAAGGAUGAUUUUUGUACAGUAUCUGCUUAGUCAUUGGUCAAAUAGCUUCUAGAUUUUAGAACAUCUUGAUUACGGUGUCAUGGCCCUCAAGGCCUUAUCAUUGUUCAAGAAAAGAGAAAGGACUGACCAUAUCUGUUCACUUGUUAGGAGUGUGGACAUGUGGAGGAUAGGAAGUACUGACCAUAUCAAUGUCCAUUUACUGAUCUUCAGGGAGUUUGAAAUUGGGACAUGUAGAGGAUGUAAAGUGUUCAUGUUGAAUCAAGCUACUAGCAAAUGCAGCCAAGCUCUUGCCAGUGUUGCGUGUGCCUCUUUCUUUAGACUCACUAGGGUUAUGGUGAUGCUCUAAAAGUCAAAUCUUUCGAUAUGUAAUGAGUUCAUUUUUUCAAUGACCCUUUAUCAGCACUAUCAA